AUGGCAUCCAACCAUCCUGCUUUCAGCUUCCACCAGAAACAGGUCCUGAGGCAAGAGCUCACCCAGAUCCAAAAUAUCAUGGCCAGCACCAGCAAGAAUCCCAGCACCUCUGCCCUCAACACCAUGGCAACCUAUCCUGGGUGCCAUAAGGUCACGCCAAGGUCCGAGACCCCCAUCAACAGUGUCAGUAACAGUUUGGAAAAUGUACUACAUACAUCAACACAUUCCAUUGAGGAGUCAUUACCCAAGAGGCCUUCGGGGAAACACUCCAAAGUGAGUGUUGAAAAAGUGGAAUUAAAGGGACUGGCACACAAGAAGAAUGAAAGAAAUGUUGAAUAUUCCUUUGAGGUCCUGUGGUCUGAUUCUUCAGUGACGUUGGUAACCAAAUCUUCCUCUGAAGUGACUGAGUUUAUUUCAAAGCUAUCUCAGCUGUAUCCAGAAGAAAACUUGGAGAAAUUCAUUCCUUGCCUAGCUGGUCCAGAUUCAUUUUACCUAGAACGGAACCACAUGGACCUGGAAUCGGACCUUAGGUAUUUGGCACCAUUACCUUCCCAUGUGGUGAAAAAUGACCAUGUCAGAAAGUUCUUCAGCACUUCAUCUCCUUCACAGCAACUUCAGAGUUCAAAUCCUGGCAACCCUUCCCUUUAUAAAGUAGGAACUACGCUGGGAACAUCUGGAAGACCUAUAUGUGGAGUGGCUGGCAUUCAGUCUUCUCAGAAUCACGUUCAACACUCGGCUGCUGCUCCUGUUGCACUACCCCACUGUUCCCAUGCAGGAGGUACCAGCUCGUCGCUGGCCUAUCGCUCCCAGAUGGACACCUCUUCUUCACCCAUGUUAAUGUCUUCCAGUCCGCAGACCCCUCAGACACAGGAGCAAAAUGGGAUCUUAGACUGGCUCAGGAAACUGCGGUUGCACAAAUACUAUCCUGUCUUCAAACAGCUCACGAUGGAGAAGUUUCUGAGUCUUACUGAGGAAGAUCUGAAUAAGUUUGAAUCCCUCACCAUGGGAGCAAAGAAGAAGCUCAAGACCCAGCUGGAGUUGGAGAAAGAAAAGUCGGAGAAACGGUGCCUAAACCCCUCAACACCUUCUUCAGUAACCAGCAGCGGGGUGGCAAGGGUUCCCCCUACUACACAUGUAGGGCCAAUCCAGGGUAUUCGUGGCAACCAUGCUGCAGAGCUGCGAGUGGAUGUGGAUCAGCCAGCUCACCCACUGCCCCGUGAAGGCAGCUCUUCUGAGUACUCCAGCUCUUCUUCCAGCCCCAUGGGGAUCCAGACAAGGGAAGAGAGCUCAGACAGCGCUGAGGAGAACGACAGACGUUUAGAGAUUCACUUAGACGGUUCAGAAAAGGAGAAGCCAGUGAUGUUACUGAACCAUUUCACUUCGAGCUCUGCCAGACCCACAGCUCAAGUCUUGCCAGUGCAGAACGACGCGGGCUCCAAUCCGUCCAGCCACCACGCUCUGCCCAUGCAGAUGAUGUCAGCAGCCUCUACUCACAUCACCCCCAUUCGGAUGCUAAACUCAGUGCAUAAAUCAGAGCGUGGCAGUGCAGACAUGAAGCUACUGUCAUCCUCUAUGCAUUCUCUUUUAUCUUUAGAAGAAAGAAAUAAAGUUUCUCCUGGAUCCAGGGGCAGCAUGAAAAUGGAAAAGAGCUUUGGAAAUACAGUGGUGGAUGUAAUGUCUGCAUCUUCUCCCCACCAGCCCUUGCAAGUGCUGUCAGGGGCCGCUGAGAACAGCUCACCCACUUCUGCUAUUAACUUUGGUCCUCGAACGAAAGUUGUACAUGCUUCAACUCUGGACAGAGUGAUAAAAACAGCUCAGCAGCCAGGAUUAAUAGUAGAAACGAGUACUGCUGCCACUGUAACAUCCAGCACAGUCUUCCACGUGGCUCGGCCACCCAUCAAACUCCUGGUGUCUUCAUCUCUUCCUACUGAUUCUGCUAUUGCAGGACAGACUUCCUGCUCCAGUAAUAUGCAAAUAACGGUGUCCCCUGCAAUAAUAAAUCCCCGGACUGCUCUGUACACAGCCAACACCAAAGUUGCCUUUUCUGCAAUGAGCAGCAUGCCAGUGGCCCCAAUGCAAGGCAGCUUCUGUGCAAACAGCAACGCAGCCUCCUCCAGCAGCCACCCCUCCACAUCCUACGCGACCAUGGCCAACCUGCCCAGCUGCCCUGCACCCAGCUCCAGCCCCACGCUCUCCUCUGUUGCCGACAUCAGCCUCAGCAGCAGCAGCAGCAGCAGCGGAUCCGCAGGGAGCAUCCCGGUACCAAACCAGAACCACCACCACCAUCACCACCAGCAGCAGCAGCCGCCGCAGCCGCCCGGGUGCAUGGUGUGCAGCUCCUGCGGGUGUAGUGGGAACUGCGGAUCCAGCGGUAUGACCGUCAGCUACGCCAACUAUUUCCAGCACCCGUUUUCAGGCCCGUCAAUGUUUACUUUCCCAUUUCUGCCCUUCAACCCGCUGUGCAGUAACGGCUACAUCAACACGCAGCAGUACAACAGCAGCACCACCUUCCCCGUGGUCCACACUGCUUACAACAGCGGUAUAGCUCCGGACUCCGUGAUGACCGGGCAGUCGACGUUUGCAGUACCACCAAUGCAGAACUUUAUGGCAGGGACAGCAGGGGUGUAUCAGGCACAGGGAAUGAUGGCAAACAGCAAUGGUUCAAGUCACAAAAAAAACGGGAAUCUCUCCUGUUACAACUGCGGGGCCAGUGGUCACAGAGCUCAGGACUGCAAACAGCCUCCGAUGGAUUUCAAUCGACAAGGUACGUUUAGGCUGAAAUACGCCCCUCCCUCUGAAAGUCUUGACUCCACAGACUGAUGUUUUGUCAUCUGGCAAGAAAAUACUGUAAGCCAUGGAGAUAUAAGGAGAUUGAACUACAAAACUGAGACGUCCAGUUGCUGUUAAGCUUAAUGUAUUUUUUAAUCCAAAGGUGCUUUACUUUAUUAGUCUAGGUAGAAAAUCUAGCUUAGGGGUGCAUCAAACCCAUUUUUGAUUGCCAAAAUCAAGCUUGGAUCUCGUUGUUGGAACUUCUGGCUACGUGUCGUAGGAUCGAUGGAUGGUGGAGCUGGCCUGAUGUGAGUACAACAUCUGAGGUACUUUGUUUUGCUGGAGCCACGUUGCCAUAUCUGGUCUUCCGAAGGGGAAACGUCGAGCUCCAGGGCAGCUGCAUUCUGAGGUGGGAGCUGGGAGCAGCCGUUCAGAAGGACUUUGGCACCCCUGGGCUAGGUAAAAUGUCUACUUUUUUUCAAAAGUGAUCAGGCACUAAUCUCUGGGAUUAUUAAGGAUUGCACUACAGAAGAAUGUAUAACUCCUCGAGCUUUCUGCGCUU